AUGGCGCCAAAUCACGCAUACGCCAUUGGAGAGGUCUGCUAUAACAUCUGGCUUGAUGCUUUCGACGACGGUCUCCUGUCGAAGAAACCCCGUCCCAAGGGCCAGUUCCUGACUGUCUCUGAGUUCCUCGAGUACAAAUGGACCGAAACGACUGGCGAAGUCAAGAAGACUUGGAAACAGCGCUCAGACAGCUGGCGUCUACCAACCUCACAAGAGCAGAACCUCGAGAAGUAUCAUAGUGAUCAUCAUUGUGUCUGGGUCGGGUGGUUCCUUCCGGCACUAUACAUUGCAUACAAUGACCAACAAGAUCAGGAGGUCUUGAAGGGGGAGUGUGUCAACACCUACGACGUGGAACCACUGAGUCGUGACAGUCGUCCUGCCAUCAAUAAAGCCUUCAAGGUUGUCUACAAGCCUGAUUGCACUGGCAACAACAGGCUGUUUGCUCUCCACUCUCCAGAUGAGAACGGUGUCUGCAAAGCAGUUUCUGUCCCUGGCGGCGCAGGCAACGUUCUAUUCUUCUCGGAAUGGAGGGACGAUACGCAGACGGGAUUCGCCACACGCCGGACCUCUUGGCUGCGGAAAAUCGCGGAAGACUUCCUUGGUCGAACGUCGCGAGUGAUAACCCAGAGCACUUUUACGCAGCGGCACACCGGUACAGAGCCUCAAAGUUUCGACGCGUGUAGAGCGAGUCAGUAUACACCCCGGGCCAAUGCAGACUACUCCCACAGUAUCUGGGAAUUGCCUGAUUGGGAUGAUUCGAGCGAGGAAUACCAACCUUCAGAGAAUGAGGAAGAAGACGACGGAGAAGACGAUGCCGAGACGAAGAAACAGGUCCUCGACGAACUUCUUUCUCUCGUUGAGAAGCCGCCAGGACACGCUCAGCCGCCAAAGCUCGUCCCUGUAUCAGACACAAUGAUCCCGACACGCAAGUUUACCGCGAUAAACAUGCCUAGGGAGCCGUCUCAGGCUACUCUUGGUCGUUUUCAACGGCCCAAGACCACGGUACUGUUACCAGAAGUCACUGCUGAGAAAGCCGAGCAUGAACAUGAAAUACCAGCCCAAAUUUCUCAGAGAGCCUCGGCGGCCUCUGGGCAUGCCAAGCUCUCGAAGUUUCAAGCGAAGAAACGACAAAUGGCGCAAUCCAUGGACACCGAACCCUUUCCGAGCGCAAAGCGCAGCCGGCCUUUUCCGAAAGCCCCUGUGGUCACUGCAAAACAAAGUUUGAACGGGAAGGCCCUUGAGGCGGUUCACUCCGAGGCUAACAGCCGACGCGACAAUGAUGAUGAGGUUCAGUUCCUCAGAGAGUCUCCUGUCUCUCGAGGUCGAAAGAGAACCAAUCCCACGAGGGCACCCGCGGCACCCCCAAGCCACGAGAGCAUCUCAUAUGUCAUCGACUUCAUGGCUGCCGGCAAGAUGGCCAAGGUGGCGCGUCUCCCGGAUGCCACUUCUCGGAGAGCCACGCUCAAGACAUUCCGCAAGUACCUGCUGUCGACAUCAGAAGCCGGUUCCGACGCGCUGGCUCACAACAUUGCCGAGAACGAGGACGAGGUCACGCGCGUCAUGCUUGCGGAGGCGCUUGUGGCAGAACUCGACGAGAAGCUAUCUAAGACUUCCACUUCGCAGUCUUUCGCUGGAUAG